AUGAAGCUGCCAUAUUCGCUAUCCGUACUGUCGGCUAUAAAUAUCAAAGUCGAACAACAAUCUAUACUCGCUCUACCUAACCGACUGUCCAACUUCCCCGUCCGGUGCGGAGCACCUCAGCAACCAUGGCCUCGCAAACAAUACGGGACUUCAGCUCCAGCUUCGCAAGCUAGCAGUGAACCCAAGAAGCCGGCAUCAGCCCGCCCUGCGCUUUCGUUGACCGACCAAGUCCGCCUGCUCAUGCGCCGUGUACCCUACCCCGUCGCCAUCAUCACAGCCACAGAUCCGCAGGGCCCCAUCGAGAAAGCUUUCCGCGGCAUGACCGUCUCCUCCUUCAACACGGUUACCCUCCAUCCCUUGCCCGUCAUCUCGUUCAACGUGCGCCGCCCAUCAGAGACCCUAACCGCCCUCCAGUCCUCAGGCCGGUUCCUCGUCCAUCUCCUAGCCCCCACCCCAGCAACCGCAGCCCUGGCCCGGGAUUUCUCCAGGGGAAACCACAAUCUGGCACUCCUAAGUGGAAAGGGAGACUUUGAAUUCGCGCAGCAUGUUUCUGCCGACGGGUCCGUUACGAGACCGCUCCCCAUCCUGCGACGGAGAGCCAUCAGCCAGACAAACACCGAGGAGAGCGUCGAGGACUUCCCGUUUGUGUUCGAGUGUCAGCUCAAUCCACAGUGUGUGGAGGUCUACGACCACACAAUCAUCGUUGGGACCGUCGUGCAACCGCUCUUCAGGCAUCUUCCUGAAUCAGAGGCGGAGACGUCAGUAACGUCCGGCUCUGCAAAGGAUUUAUGCCUGAUAUAUGCCAAUACCAAAUUCUGGGGAAUGGGCCAUGAAAUAUAA